AGGGGAAUAUUGUAAUUCACCUAAAAUGACGACAACAAAGGCUUCGUCAAUUAAAAACCCUAAACCCUAGCCAUUCUCCAUUUCCGGUAAACUAAAACCCUACCAAAUCACUGAAACCUUCGAUCUCGCACUGUGCAAAAUGCCGUUGGGAGAUAAUUUAGGUGACAAAAGCGACUCCAGAUACUGUGGAGUCGAGACUGAGUUCAAUGAUGACAUGCCUCAUGUUCUUUCAUACAACAUCAAUGGCGGUUUUGACUUUGUUGUAGCUCCUUUGAUGGAGCCUGGAUACAGGGCUAGUAUGGUUAAUAGUGCUAACAGGGAGUCAAGUGUGCUUCCUUUUGCUGGAUCUGAUUUGGUGUUAAGCCCAGCACAAUGGAGUAGUCAUGUUGUUGGCAAGAUUAGCUCAUGGAUUGACUUGGAUUCCGACGAUGAUGUUCUUCGAGAGGAUUCUGAAAUUGCUUUGAAGCAAGAGUUGGCUUGGGCUUCUCAUCUGUCUUUACAGGCUUGUCUUCUUCCUACACCGAAGGGGAAAUCUUGUGCUAAUUAUGCAAGAUUUGUGAACCAGAUUCUUGAAAACCUUAAUAACAUGCAGUUGUGGCUUAGGAUUCCUCUAGUGAAAUCUGACGACAAUGAUGAUGAUUCCGUGAAUGGGACUUCUGAUGGCAUGGUAGUAGAGCCUACUGACUCUUGGGAAUUAUGGAAUUCUUUUCGUGAAUUAUGUGAACAUCACAGUCAGCUGUCAGUUGCCCUUGAUGUUCUGUCUUCACUACCGUCAGUAAAUUCACUCGGGCGUUGGUUUGGAGAGCCUGUCAAGGCAGCCAUUGUUCAUACCGAUUCUUUCUUAACAAAUGCACGGGGCUACCCUUGUCUCUCCAAGCGUCAUCAGAAACUGUUGAGCGGUUUCUUUUACUAUUCAAUACAGAUAGUGCUUUCUGGAAAGGCAGUGCACAAUCUUCCUGUCGGAAGCUCAGCAUCAGCUUCUGGCCAAACUGAUAAUUACACCCAACAAGCUCAACGACAUGAAAUAAGGUCGUAUUUGGACUAUGUUGGCUAUUUAUAUCAGAAGAUGGAACCCCUUCCGGAACAAGAGCGUUUCGAGCUUGGUUACAGGGACUUUUUACAAUCUCCUUUGCAACCUCUCAUGGAUAAUCUUGAAGCACAAACGUAUGAAACAUUUGAAAAGGACAGCGUCAAAUACAUUCAGUACCAAAGGGCAGUCAGUAAAGCGUUGGUGGAUAGGAUCCCCGAUGAGAAUGCAUCUACGACAACCGUUGUAUUGAUGGUUGUAGGUGCUGGGCGAGGACCUCUUGUUAGAGCAUCUUUACAGGCUGCUGAAGAAACUGGGCGUAAAUUAAAAGUUUAUGCUGUAGAAAAGAAUCCAAAUGCAGUUGUUACACUUCAUAGCUUAGUAAAAUUAGAGGGUUGGGAAAAUAUGGUGACGAUAAUAUCUUGUGACAUGCGUUGCUGGGAAGCCCCGGAAAAAGCCGACAUUUUGGUCAGUGAAUUACUUGGUUCUUUUGGUGACAAUGAGUUGUCACCUGAGUGUCUUGAUGGAGCUCAACGGUUUCUAAAGCCAGACGGGAUUUCAAUUCCAUCAUCGUAUACAAGUUUUAUACAGCCCGUGACUACAUCAAAGUUGUAUAAUGAUGUCAAAUUGCACAAAGAUCUUUUACACUUCGAAACUGCAUACGUUGUAAAGCUGCACCGUCUGGCCAAACUUUCUCCAUCUCAAGCUGUCUUUACUUUUACCCAUCCAAACUACUCACCCGAUAAAAGUAAUCAACGGUACAAGAAGCUUCGGUUUGAGAUCCCAAUUGAGACUGGAUCAUUUAUUGUUCAUGGAUUUGCUGGCUAUUUCGAUGCGGUACUUUACAAAGAUGUACAUCUCGGGAUCGAACCGACAACUGCAACACCAAAUAUGUUUAGCUGGUUUCCAAUAUUCUUCCCGCUAAGGUCACCCGUGUAUGUGAAGGCGGGAUCACCCUUGGAUUUUCACAUUUGGCGGUGUUGUGGUAGUACCAAGGUUUGGUAUGAGUGGUGUGUGACAUCUCCGACUGCAUCUCCUAUACACAAUUGUAAUGGAAGAUCGUAUUGGGUUGGCUUAUAACCUUAAUGGGGACCAAAGAUCAGCAUGCUUUGUUUGUAAAAUGUUUAGGCGCGAACAAUGUUUGUGAAUCGGACAAAAUCUAGAUAUGGUUGACUUUCCAUGUGGGUCAUGUUGCUAGCCUUUUUGCAUGUUGCUUGAAGAUCCGUCCGAGAUACGGCUCAAUGGAGAAAUUUUGUUAACAUGGCCAACACAUCUUAUGAACUUAGUAUGGUGUGAUGUUAUCAAAGAUUAAGACUUAUCAUAUUUAUUGUGUAGUACUUUCAAAUUAUCAUUAAGAAUUUAAGAUUAAAGAGAAGUUUUCUCAAUCA